AUGGAAAAGAACGCGCUUGCUGUUGUUAGUGAACAGUACUUCAAAACGACUGCCGUAGAUGACUGGUCUUACCUUGGAUACUUGGAUGCAAUGAAGCCGUACUUCUACGAUUAUGCUUCCAUAGCUUCAUUAAAAUCUUCGUGGAGAAAAAGUUUCUUGGCUGUACUGAGGUCUUUUGAAAAGUGUCAAGAUCAAGAGAGAAGUAAGACAGCUACUUUCCUCAUAAAUGAGAAGAGCAAUAAACAAGAAAUAUCAGAGUAUUGGAAUCGUAUCGAACAAGAAAGAGCACUGAAGGCGAAACAAUUGGCUGUGAAAAACAAAACACAAUCUUCUGCGUUAGAUAUGCUGAAUGUUGCAACCAGCAAUCAAACGAACCAAGUUAUUAAGUUGCUUGAAGAGGAAGAAUUGGAUGGGCCAUCAUCAAAAAACGCGAACUCUAAUCCAGAUCCAGAUGCGAGUGAAGAAGAUCAGGAAGAAGAGGAACCCGCGGAUGAAAUCGAUGAAUUCGCUAUGGACAAGGGAAAUAGUGACAAGAUUAGUAAUGGUGUUGCCAGCAACGAUAGUGAUAAUAUUAACUUCGUGGAACGUAUGGAAGAAUCCAAGCCAAUGUCAUCAACUUGUCAGCGUCCAUGGAUCCUCCGUAGUGGUACGAACGUAGGAGAUAAAUUAACAAGUUAUAUCAAGACGAUUCCUGAGGCCCAAAAAUGUUUGAACCUCGCAUAUUGGAAUAUACUUGAUUUGACUGAUGAGAAUACACAAAUGAAAUCUCUUUUCUCGACGAAUGACUGGGAGGAAAUGGUUGAAAGUUUCAAUAAUGAAGUUAAAUUGAUCGAAUCGGAUUUUCUUGAUGUGGUAGAGUAUUUUUUCGAUGAAGUUGAAAAAGUAAAUGAUAAAGAUAUCAUCAACGCGAUCGAUAGAUUAACACCGGAAAUUAUUGAAACGAAUCGAAAAGUAAAGCUUAGCGAUGAGGAAAAAAAUGUUAUUUCCAUUUUAAGACGUACUGUUGUUACGUAUGAUGAAAAUCUGGAAAGAGUUGAUCUUCCCAUUUCCGAGGUUGACUUUGACAACGCAUUUCCAAACAUGCUUGCCAAAAGAUUCCUAAAUAGGGAGGAAUUAAAGAUGGAUGUUGGGGAAAUUGCAUGUUGGGCGUCAGCUUAUCGCCGAAAUGAAGGUCGUUCCGUUGUUCUCAGAGCUCGCAUUGGACAAAAGUGCGAUUUUCGAGGAACUUUGAAAAAGAGUAUCAACAAGCUUGAGGCUCUCAUAGGUCUCAGAAGUGGUGGACUCCCAGAGCCUCAUCGAAAAAAAAUUUACGAAGACAAAGUUGAUAUAAGCGUGGCAAUGCGGGAUAUCUUGUAUACGUUCUUUAAAGGGAAUUCUAAAGCACCUAGCUCUGACAUUCAUUCCACAUUUGUCUUCGGAAUACAUUCAUGGGAUGCCCAACACCCUAAAAACACUCUCGGUACUCGAAAGUUUCUACGUACUUUCACGGAUUUGCAGACCACGUUGAAUACUAUUUGUGAACAUACAAAUAGUAUCUCGCUUGCACAUUCACGUGCACACAGGAAUCGAAAAAGGAAGAAUCCGGAACAAGCUGGUGAGAAAGGGGGAUCAUUUGGAAAUCCUUCACAAAGCCCGGCAAGUAAGAAGGGUAGAAAUAUGAAGAUCAUUAAGCAUGAAUCUUUCUUAGAUUAA